AUGGAGGGGUCUCAGUGGUCGCUUCCAGCUGGCCUAAAGGGUCAGUGCCCGUACACCGUACUGGGUCUGUGUUUGCCUGAGAAUGGGAGCCCUGUCACUGUGCAGGAAGCAGCAGCAGACUUAUCUUCUGUAGAGUCCCGCGAGGCUCUUUCUCUAAAAGCAAUCGGCACGGCGUAUCGCCGGGCUGCCCUUAGAGCGCACCCAGACAAGAACAAAGGGAGGGAGACUGAGGCUGCUGCUGCCUUCUUAAUUGUGAACUUGGCUUUCGCCUAUCUCUCUAGCCGCGAGCAGCGGGAAGGAUAUCAUCGGCACCUUCGGACGUUGCUUGCUUUGAGGGAGCAACGUGAGCAGCAGCAGCUGCGGUGGACAGAGAAGGACAGAGAGCGACAACGAUUCAAGGCGGAAUUGGAGCGUAGGGAGGCGGAAGCCCGCAGGGGCCCCAAAGUCAACAUUGAAGAGGAGAAGUUAAGAGAAAUCAGAGAGCGCAACGAGGCUCUUCUAAGGCAGAGAUGCGAAGCGGAUAGUCAGGCUAGACGCGACCUUUUUAAAGACAAUUCUGCACGACUAUUGUUGCAGCGGCAGCAGCAUCAGAGCAGCGCGGCGUGUUCCCCCACUUCAGGGGAAACUGUACAGGGAGAGGAAUUUACAGAUGACAUUUUAAAAAGAUCUGUUUUGUUGUCGUGGCCGCCAGAGCCAGCUUUGGCGUCAGAUAGGGCGCCCGGAGCGAACAACAACGGCGGCACAGCAGCAGCUGCCGCAGUUGACGCAUACGCCCCAACCCCUGCCUCCUUGUGUGCCGAGCUCUACGGGCAUGGCGCUGUCGAUCUGUGCCUUUUUUCAAGGGCUAAAGGCCUCGCCUGCGUCUCCUUCUCUUCCCGAGAACGAGCAAUUGAGGCGGCGCUGCUGCUGCAGCGGCAGUCCAAAGAAAAACGUGAACGGAAAGACCGACCUACUGUCAAGCUUGCGGACAAGGCCAAAGGCUUCGAAAAGCUAUUUCUGAGAAUCAGAAACGCUGCUGGGGCCUCUGAUCAGCUGCAGCAAAACGAGGCAAAUCGAGGUACGCCUACAGCAUCGGAGCCCGCAGAGCAUGCAGAGGCAGAUGAACUGGACGAAGAAGUGGUGCUCGGUAUCGCAAGGGAGACUGAAGAAGCAGCAGGUGCCUUUGCUGCUGCUCUGGCAGCUGAGCAAGCUGCUGCUACUGCUACUGCAGACAUGCCCCUCAGCACUCCGGUUACUGCUUCACUGACUAAAAGCAACUGUAGUGUCCCACUACGCAGUAGCAGCAGUAGCACUGAUAGCACCCUCAAUGAUGCAGAAGCCAGGCAUGCUGCUACUGCCUUUGGCCUGGACGGAGCUAUGGGUUGUCGGCCCACUAGCGCCGCAGCUGCUCGCAUUUUGGAGUACGUGAAGAGCUGCGGCGCAAAGGGUCUAGCAGCAGCUGAGCAGCAGCAAGCGGAGGCAGAAGAAGAGGAAGGUUGGGAGUGGUUGGGAGGCUCCAAGGUGGCAGCAAGCAUGAGCAUGCAACAGCUAGAGGUGGCAGCCUUCGGCGAAUUGCAGAGGAAGAAAAAGCAGCAGGAACAGGCACAGACGAAAGGGGAAAGUUAA